AUGGAGAAACUUUCUGUGCAGGAACGUCUUUCACUGGCGACGAAGGCUAAAGCUAAGGCGAGAAAGAAGAAUAAGAAGCUCAGUUCUCCGGAGGUAGUUGAAAGCUCUGUUGAUACAAUUGAAAAUACCAUAGACAGUGAUAUCUCGAAAGAAGUAGAGAUUGGUGACGCCACAGCGGACGUAAAGGGAGCAGAAGCGGUUCCAGAAGAUGGCACUAAGGAUAUCAAUGCGGCGGUCGAAUAUUUCAAUAGUCUAUUGCAUCUGAACGAAAGCGUUCUUCAGCUUGAUCCAGCAACCUUACUGCGUCAACUAUACCCAAUUGUUCAGAAGUACCAGCAAAAUUCUAUUGACUCGACCGCAAAACAAAGUCAUAGUAAUUCAGAUUCCAGUUUAAUCAGAUUGAUAAAGGAAAAGGAUGAAAAGAUCGACUCACUUUUAAAAGAGGGCGAAACGUUAUCGAAGAAAGAGUUACAACAAUCAGAUAAGAUCAAGAAACUUAACAAGACUAUUAAAGAUUUGGAAUCCGAUUUCAGUUUGAAGUUAGAUGAAUUACAAGAUGUAAAAACACAGGCCGAUGUUCUUGAAACCACUAAUGCAUCCCUAAUGGUAUCUUUAAAGGAUAUGGAAAAUCAAUUCGGUACUCUGAAUAAGAAGUAUGAGGACUUGAAGAAGGAGUACGAUGAGCAUUUGAACACAGAAUAUGAGUCCAAGAAGGUAGAACUGAAGAAACUUGUUGAAGAGAACGAGGUUUUAAACACUGAAUUAUCACAAAUAAGAGAGCACGAAGACCAAAUGCAACGGACGUUCGAAUCAAAAUAUAAAGCACUCGAAGAAACUUCAAAGGAAGAAGUUGACAGGUUAGAGAUACGGUUGGAACAAUUGAGAAUCGAUUUAGAAAAUAUCAAUACAAAAUCUGGCGACUCAACUACCACUGACAAUACAACAAAUGACGCGUACAGCAAACUUAUGUCCCAAUACAAAGCAGCACAGCACGAAUUGAAUGAAAGCAACAAAAACUGGGCAAGCAUUGAAUAUGCCUUAAAUGAAAAAUGCGAUUCAUUGAAAAGUGCGAAAGUUGAAGCUGAUCAAAUUAUUGACUCUUUGACAACAGAAAUGAACGGAAUAAAACAAUCUCGUGAUGAAAUUUUGUUGAAAUUAAACAAGUUGACUGUGAUGAAUGGAGAGCUUCAAUCAACUUUAAAAGAGACUACUGAUGACUUGUUAGUCACCAAAGGAAAGCUUUCGAACAUAUCAGAUGAUUAUGAAAUUCUACAAAAGCAGCAUGAUAUACAGAAGGUGCAGCUCGGGAACGCAUUGAGUAACCAACUGACUGAAAAGAAAAUAGCACUAAAAAAAGAGAAUGAAGCACUAAAUCAAGUCAUUUUAGAUACUACUGAGAUAUCUGAUUCAACUCAGGAACAUCCCUUAACUAAAUGGGAUCUCAAUCAUGAAAAAAUGGACCAUCUAGAUCCACUGGUGGAUAAUAACCUUGAUGAUGACUUGAAGGCAGAUUUUUCUUUUGAAAAGGAUUUAGAUAUACCGGACGAAGCUGCUGAUCUUGAGUUACUGAAGCGAGGUUCAAGUGACUUGUCUUUGGCCAUGAAUUCGACAUACGUAAAAGCAAAUACGGCGCGGGAUACUCAAUCUGGUGUUAAUAAUACAAAUUUGCAAAUGGUUACCAGACUUGGUAGUGAAAUAAGACGAUUAGAAACUGAACUAUCAUCUGUCAGAGAAGCAUAUACUAGAUUGAUGACAGAAAAAGAGCAAGCUAACGAGGAAAUUUCGCGGUUAUUGGAGAGUAACGAAGAAGUUAUUUUAUUGAAAACAGAUAGAGAAACUCUCUCUCAGGAAUUACAGAGACUACAAGCUAAACAAAGCACAAUCCUCGAACUCCUAGGUGAAAAAACGGAACGUGUUGAAGAAUUAGAGAAUGAUGUCAUUGACCUCAAAGAUCUAAUGAGAACCCAAGUUCAGCAGAUUGUUCAAUUACAAGAACAAUUAAGAUGA